GUUUUGCAAGCCUUCCCGGAAGUCUUGCAUUGAAGCGCCUCUGGGUUUAGAAACUCUUUGGAACAUCACUUGCGUUUUUUUCUAGACUUGUUUCACCGCGCGGAGCCUCGAGCUUGCGAGAGAAAGGAAGUAAGCAAGCUAGCAGCAAACCAUAUAAUCAUUGUAGUCAACUCGCGAAGCCAGGCAGUAGACUUGAAAUGAUGUACGAUUAAAUGUAUUUGACCGCAUUAAGGUGACAGUAUUUUGGUAAGAUAGCCAUUGAAAAUAGGUAUACUACAUUGUAGAAAAAUAACUUUGCGGCAUGCUUCUAAACCGUUUUGUGAUUAGCUACUAUAAGCAUAUGUUUAGUGCUCGAUUCUGAACGGUAACGUCCUUCGCUAUGCUAACGAUAGCUGGAAGUAUUUGGUUGGUUAUCCAGUUUUGAUUUCAUCAGAAAGGGAACUACAAAAUCUUAUUUCUGAAUUGUCUAUCAGUUGUAUGCGGGAAAUACAAUAAGGAGUCAUCUCAGACAAUGAGAAAAACAACUGAACAAGGUGCUGGGUGGUGAGAGAACAGCAGUCAGUGCAGACGGCAUGCUUAGGUAACUCCACCUAGCCCAGAAUGAGUGUCAAAGAUGGCGAAUGCGGAGCACCUAGCCAAGAUGGACGGGCCUACAACCUGCAGGUCUACCCACGGCUCUCAGCGGACUGCCCAUCUUGCUGCACUCUCAAGGUGCCCAAGGAGGCCACAGCCGCUUCCGUCACCCAGGACGCAGCCUUGGCCCUGGGCCUGGACCCCAAGCGGCUCUACGUGCUUGCCGAGGUGAAGGAGUGUGGCGGGGAGGAGUGGGUGCUGGAGUCCUGGGACCUCCCCGUCCAGAGGGUCCUACUGUGGCCACGGAAGGCCCAGGAGCAUCACCUUCAGAGCGAAGGUUUCUACUUCCUCCUCCAGGAGAGGAACCAUGACGGCACCAUCCACUACGUCCACCUCCCCGCUCUCUGCAAGGAGCAGGAGGCCCAGAAGCUAGCAGCCAGAGGCUUUCUCCCCCCACGCCAUGAUGACUUUGACGACCUGUGUAACCUUCCGUCACUCAAUGAGAGCAGCAUCCUGGAUAACCUGCGCAACCGCUUCCACAAGAAAAAGAUCUACACCUACGCCGGGUCUAUCCUUAUCGCAAUCAACCCCUUCAAGUUCCUAUCCAUCUACAACCCCAAGUAUGUCAAGAUGUACGAGAACCACCAGCUGGGGAAACUGGAGCCGCACAUCUUUGCCAUUGCGGACGUGGCAUACUACGCCAUGCUAAGAAAGAGGGUAAACCAGUGCAUUGUUAUCUCUGGGGAGAGCGGCUCGGGGAAGACCCAGAGCACCAACUUCCUCAUCCACUGUCUGACGGCCCUCAGCCAGAAGGGCUACGCCAGCGGGGUGGAGAGGACUAUUCUAGGGGCUGGGCCUGUGCUUGAGGCAUUUGGGAAUGCCAAGACGGCUCACAACAACAACUCCAGCCGCUUUGGGAAGUUCAUCCAGGUCAACUACCUGGAGAGUGGGGUGGUGAGAGGAGCCAUCGUGGAGAAGUAUCUCCUGGAGAAGUCUCGUCUGGUCUCCAGAGAGAAUAAUGAGAGGAACUACCAUGUGUUUUACUAUCUGCUGGUGGGAGCGUCAGAGGAGGAGCGCAAGGAGUUCAAACUGCUGCAGCCUGAAGAUUACCUCUACCUCAAGCAGCAAUAUUUUAAGAUAGAAGAUGAGGAAGACCUGUGCCAUGACUUUGAGAGGCUUCAGCAGGCCAUGGAGAUGGUCGGAUUCCUGUCUGCUACUAAGAAACAGAUCUUCUCUGUGCUGUCGGCCAUCUUGUACCUGGGCAACGUGACGUACAGGAGGAAAUCUACAGGCCGAGACGAGGGGCUGGACGUGGGACCCCCGGAGGUCCUGGCUACCCUCUCAGACCUGCUCAAGGUGAAAGAGGAGUUGCUGGUGGAGGCGCUGACAAAGAGGAAAACGGUGACAGUCAACGACAAGCUGAUUCUGCCCUACAGCCACAGUGAGGCCAUCACAGCGAGAGACUCCAUGGCCAAGUCUCUGUACAGCGCCCUGUUUGACUGGAUUGUCCUGCGCAUCAAUCACGCACUGCUCAACAAGAAAGACAUGGAGGAAUCUGUCCCGUGUUUGUCUAUAGGGGUCCUAGAUAUAUUUGGCUUUGAGGACUUUGAGACCAACAGUUUUGAGCAGUUUUGCAUCAACUAUGCCAACGAGCAGCUUCAGUAUUACUUCAACCAGCAUAUCUUCAAACUAGAGCAGGAGGAGUACCAGGCGGAGGGCAUCACCUGGCACAACAUAGACUACACAGACAACGUGGGCUGCAUCCACCUCAUCAGCAAGAAGCCCACUGGACUCCUGUACCUACUGGACGAAGAGAGCAAUUUCCCCCGUGCCACUGACGAGACCCUGCUGGCCAAGUUCAAGCAGCAGCACCAGGGGAAGAAGUACUUUGUGCCCACGCCUGUCAUGGAGCCUGCCUUCGUCAUCCGACACUUCGCUGGGAAGGUCAAGUACCAGAUCAAGGACUUCCGGGAGAAGAACACGGACCACAUGCGUCCAGACAUCGUGGCUCUGCUGCGGAGCAGUGACCGGGCCUAUGUGCGUCAGCUGAUUGGGAUGGACCCGGUGGCCAUGUUCCGCUGGGGCAUCCUGCGAGCCACCAUCAGAGGCAUGGCUUCCUUCAACGAGGCUGGACGCCGCUGGGCUGCCAAGAACGCAGGUGUGCAGCGCCCUACUUCCAGGACUCCUUUGGGGGAGCUGCAGAGGUCCAACACACCUGUAGAGAGAAUGUACCGAGACAUGCAUGCCCAGAUAAUCAGCUCCAUUAAGGACUUGCAGCUGGACGGUGAGGACCCUCGCAAACUGCUGCAGUCCUGGGGUCGGCUCCGGUUCCCUCGACACCUCCUUCAGAAAAACAAGAAUGCCAAGCAGAAACAGAUCAUACCUAAGAGCCUGUUGGACUCUCGCUCCCUGAAGUUCAUUGUGGGUCGAACCCUCCACGACCGCACCGCCAAGUCUCUGCUGCAUCUCAACAAGAAGAAGAAGACUCCCAGCAUUAGUGCUCAGUUCCAGACCUCUCUGACUAAACUGCUGGAGACUUUGGGCAGAGCAGAACCCUUCUUCAUCCGCUGUAUUCGCUCCAACUCUGAGAAGAAGGAGAUGUGUCUGAACGAGACCCUGGUGCUGCAGCAGCUGCACUACACCGGCAUGCUAGAAACGGUUCGCAUCCGGAGGUCUGGGUAUGGAGCCAAGUACACAUUCCAGGAAUUCAUUGAGCAAUUCCGAGUGUUGCUGCCCAAGAAUGCUACCGCCUCCAAGCCAGAGGACAUCUCGGCCCUGUUCCAGAGGAUGGCGCUCGACCACACCACUUACCAGAUAGGAAAAACCAAGGUUUACCUGAAGGAGCUGGAGCGUCAGCAGCUGCAGGACACACUGCACAAGGACGUGAUGCGUAAGAUAAUCUUCCUGCAGUACUGGUUCAGGGCCCGCCUAGAGAGGAGGUACUUCCUGGAGAUGAGACAGGCGGCCAUCUUGAUCCAGCAUGCGUGGCGUAGACGCCGUAAGGAACAGCAGUGUCAGGCAGCCACGCUGAUCCAGGCUGUGUGGAAGGGCUCCAGACAGAGGUCAGAGUACCUUCGCAGGCAUACCAGCAUUUUGAAGAUCCAGGCUCUGGCCAGAGGACACUCCGCACGGAGGAGGUGCCAUUCAAUACGGGAGGAGAGGAGGAAAAAGGAGGAGGAAGACGAUGAGGCCAGGAAGAAAGAAGAGGAAGCCUGGAAGAGGGCGGAGGAAGAGGCAGCAAGGCAAGCAGAAGAGGCAGCCAGGCUAGUGAGCGAGGCAGAAGUGGAGGCAGCCCGACUGGAAAUGAAAGCAGAGGAAGAAGCAUUUAGGAGAAAGAAAGAGGCCGUGCGGGAGGCAGUGGAAUGGAGGGCGAGGGAGGAGGUAAGGCUGAGGCAAGCAGAACGCGUCAACAAGGAACCUGAGACACAGGAGGAGCCAGAGGCACAGGUGACAGCUGAAAUAACUGUAGAUGAGAGCCAACAUGAGGAUAAAGUGCCUGUCCAGAACAAGGAGAAGCAGAGGGAGGAGGCAGAAGCUGUCGAGGCUGCAGCUACUUCACCUCCUGAGGAGGUGGAAAUGGGGGAUGCUUCUACAGUCUUCCAGCCUGAUGAGGGCAACGGUACACAGGCUGAGGCUGGGCCCCAGCUGGAGGAGGAGAGCAAGGCUGUGGAGGAACCAGAGGAAGCACACUCCGAGGAGGAGGAGGGGACAAAGGAGGAAGCUGCCCUCCAGUCACCAGAAAAAGACAAUGGGUCUCAGGCUGCUGCGGAGGCACACAGGUCGCAGGUCUCCAGGAGCCAGGAGAAGAGAGAACAGCGGCGCCAGCGGGGCAUGGAGCACAGCCAGCGGGAGAGUGAGCGGGUCACCUUGGCAGCCACCAAGGAGGAGCCUGUCCCUAAGAUCAAAGGUCAGGAGGCAGCCAGCCGAGCCGAGGUCAAGCCAAAAGAGCGGGCCGAGCGGGCAGACAGCAAGGAACUGGACCAGUACACCUUUGUAGCCUGGAAGAAAGAGGCCAAAGCCACAUCCCACACCCCUGCACCUGUACGCCCCAGCACCUUACGCCUGAACCCCCCCGAACCAAUGGAUGACAGGAACGGCCAUAAUGAGGUCCUGGGUCCAGGCAAUCUGGUUCGCUACAGCCAACAGGGCACCAUGAAGGAGAAGGCAGAGAAAUGGAAGGGGAAGAAGACUGAUGGACGACAACAAGAGGGCAGCAGUCCUGACGACCACAGCAAGGACAGAAGGAAAAAACAUUCACUGAGUGGUAGUAACUCUCUUGAUGCGGUGUCCCCUGGCUCAGACAAUUCUGGUGCCACUUCCAACAGAGAGCUCCAGUCUGCUGUAGAGGAUUGGUCAAAGGGCAGCAUGAAGAGGAGGACCCAUGAUUCCUCAGGCCACCAGGACACUGUCCAAACUCUACCGCCCACCCCAGAGAGAUCCUCAGGGUUCCUGAGGAAGAUCCUGAAGAAACGUUCCCAUAAAGAAGCUCAUACUCCUGACGAUGGAGACCUGAGCGACCGAGGAGAAGCCCUGCCUCUCUCACAAACAUCCCGCUCCCACCCAGACCCUGCUAGUAGAGGCCGGGCAGUGAGCCAGAACCCCACCAUCAAGAUCAGCCGGGCCACGCAUGUGUCAGAGCAAUGGAACGCCUCUCUGGAGAGGGAGAUUACCAAUGCCAACGAGCUCCGACACCUGGACGAAUUCCUGGGGAAUCAGGUGAAUGACUUCCGCUCCAGAGGGAAGCAGUUGUCUGCCACAGAAAACAUCUUCAUCACAGCCACCAUGCAGUUCAGAGAGACCAUCAAGGGCAUGUACUCUCUCCCGACGCACCAUAUUGGCUACAAGGGUCUGAUGCGGGGCUACCAGAAGAGGGUAAUCAGCCUGGCAGGAGAGAAGCAGAAGGGAGAGGUACAGCUGGUGGUCAACCUGUUCCAGUCAGUCCUGGACGGCUUCAUCAGGGGAGAGAUCAAAAAGGAGGAGGCAGAACCAGCCAAGCCUGCUAAAGCGCGGAAGAAGAGGCGGAAAAAAUACAAGAACAUGGAGAACCCCCUGGACCAUGUGUUCAGCACGUACCAGGUUAACAUCAUGCAGUCGUGUGACCAGUGCAACUCCUAUAUCGGAGGCAUGGAGAAAGUCUACAUGUGCAGCUAUUGUAAGAUGGUGUGCCACAAGAAGUGCCUCUGCAAAAUUGUCACAGACUGCUGCACGUUUUGUGCCAAAAAGAGUGACGAGGAGUCGGGAGGCCUGCACUUUGGGGUGCGCUUGUGUCACCUGACCAGUGAGGACAACCCCAUUCCCAUAGUGCUGGAGAUGAUGCUGGAGCAUGUCGAGAUGAACGGCCUGUUAACGGAAGGAAUCUACCGCAAAUCAGGCUCCGCCAACCGCAUGAAGGAGCUCCACCAGCUAAUGGAGACUGACCCCCACGCAGUGUGCCUGGAGAACUACCCCAUCCACACAGUGACAGGGCUGAUCAAACAGUGGCUGAGAAAGCUGCCUGACCCCCUCAUGACCUUCACUCAUUACAAUGACUUCCUUCGGGCCGUGGAACUUCCUGAAAAGCAAGAGCAGCUACAUGCCAUCUACAAAGUGUUGGAACAGCUCCCCACCGCAUGCUUCAACACCUUGGAAAGACUUUUCUUCCAUCUAGUCAAAGUGUCUAAAGAUGAGUCUCACAACCGCAUGUCUCCCAACUCCCUGGCCAUCGUGUUUGCCCCCUGCAUCCUCCGCUGCCCAGACAGCGCCGACCCACUCAUGAGCAUGAAGGACGUGGCCAAGACCACCACGUGUGUGGAGAUGUUGAUCAACGAGCAAAUCAGACGCUACAAUGAGAAGUUGGAGGAGAUCGAACAGCUGGAGCACGCUGAGGCGCUGGCCAUCAACCAGCUCAAACUCAAGAGACAGAACACGCUGCACUGGCAUUUGCCCCUCAGGGUUUCUGCUCCUUACAAAGGAGUGGUGGUGCAUGAGAAGAAGUGCUCUAACUUGACGGUGGUCCCUGAGAACGAUGAGCCACUGGACUCUGACACGGAGGCUGAGAAAAACCUGAUGGAGCGCAUCAAGUCUAUAAAACAAGAGAAGGAGGACCUGGCCUGCAGACUGCCAGAACUGGAGCAACCUGGUUCUGACCAGGACAACCUGGACUCUGAGGCAUCGCUGAGUUCUGAGAGCCUGUUGGGCGAGCGCUGCAACAACUCGGAGCCCGAAGGGAGAGGUGUUUUCCUGUUGAGUAAGGCCAAGCCGAACUGCCCUCCCAAGCCUUCUGACCUGGCCCAGAGACCUAUGUCCCCAAGGGGGUGUUCCUCUUCCCCAAACCUCAUCUCCGAUGUUGCCUUUGGCUCCACCUCCCGGCUCCAGCUACCACGACGCCGCCCCAUCAUCCCCGACACGGUGAAGCUGCCACCGGGCAUCCACUCGCACCCCCCCACUGUGGACCUCACCCCCCCUGCCAAUGGGGGCUUCAGCCUGGUAAAGAGGCGGGAGCAGCCCGCCCGACGCAAAGACAGCAUCCAGUCCCUGUACAUCAGCCCAGACAAGGACCUGUUCCCCUCUCCUCCCUCCAUCUCCUCCCUCCCCCUUUCCACCUCCACUCCACAGAGCCUCCAGACCGCCAGCAAGGCCCUCAGACGGUUCUCACACCCAGACGUCACCUAUGUAGACGAGGCCUGACACAGACAGGAGGCACAAUAGAACUUCAUAUCUAUGCCGCUCCCCACAGCCUGGGGGAUACAGUCCGUUAGUGUCGCGGUUGCCAUGGAAACCGAUCAUGGACGCGCGCGUUUUAUAUUCUUGUGACUUAUGACUGAUGAAAACAGGAUGUGUCACCAAGCACUUUGUCUACAUUAAAUAUAUUGUGGUUUUUUAAGAGACAAUUUAAAUCCAUUUUGUGCAGACGCAUGGACUCCAUGGAUGUUUUAUUUUUGUUUUUAUUUUUGAAAUAAGCCCUUGAUUUCAUGAGGGAAAAACUGCAGGUUAUUGCACCUUUCUUUUCGCAGGUCUCCUUAUGAGAAGACCUGAACAGUGUUCUCAAUGUAAUGUCAAAAGUGCCUUGAUUUGUACAAAUUCAUUAUUUCUAGUUUAAAUCUUCAAUGGGGGGGGGGGGGGGGGGGGGGGUUGUAUGAUACUCUUCUACUUAUUCAUUGAAAUUAUACCGACUCGAAGACAUACUGGAACAAAACACUUUUGAUGCAGUUAUGGUCCCUUGAAAUGCCUUCUUGUCGGAAAUGGACUCUCCCUCAAUUUCCUCCCAGUAUAGGAACUGCUUUCACUUGUCAAAGGGGAAAUGAGAGCAGCUCUAGCCACUUUCCUCCUGGAUGAAAACCACCAACACUUGUCAAGGGCUGCGUGCCAUGUCUUACUGGACCUUUUAGAUUCUACUUUCUGUCAUGUUUCCGCAGCUACAUACAUACGGCUUCAGUCAACUGUGCUGUACCUGCCACUCAGUCAAUGGGAGGGUCAGGGUGCCUAUAGACUACAGACGACCCCUUCAGAAGUUGGGUUUGAUAUUUAAUACUAAUGUCCUUCUCUCAGACUGCUGUUGGAUUUCGUCUCUGUCUGUGUACUGAGGAAAUAGCAAUUGGGAAUGUCUGGGAUUGAAUGAUGUGAGCUGUAACAGGACAAUACAAUGCUUGUAUAUGC